UUGACAAGGAUAAGUCAAUCUGGGUCUGGGUUCAGUGCACAUGGUGGGUUCCGGGGAGCUGACAAUCAGAGCAGGAUCAGCAUAUUUACGAGGUAAAAUUAUUUACCCUGUUAUUUUAAGUCAGAAACGGAUCUUAAGAGAAAGGGGAUGUCAAAAGACGACGCUUGGGUUGGGACUUGGAGGCCGCACAAGCCAAGACGGCCCAUUGCUGCCCAAUAUGGUAGUCCAGGGCCCAAGUACGCACUGCCUGGACUCACAGGUAAUACUAACCAUGACCCUACAAAAUACAAAGCACCAAUGUUCAGCUUUGGGGCACGUCAUACUCACAACUCUGAGAGCUCCCCUGGACCAAGCUACCUAAUCCCCUCCAACAUCACCAGAGUGGGCCAAGUCGGCGGUCCUGCAUUUUCCUUCGGCAGCCGACCAAGGGAGCCACAACUGUUCCAGACCCCUGGACCAGGUUAUUAUUCACCAGAGCAUUCAGGGAAGUCCGUCUUCCGGUCUGCUCCUGCUUAUUCUCUGUCUGGGAGGCCCAAAGACCUCAGAAUUAUCAAUACACCAGGUCCAGCCUCCUACUCUCUUCCCCCAGUGCUGGGGCAAAAAACUGUGACCACAUCUGCAGCUCCCGCUUUCUCAAUCUGUGGCCGCAGCAAAACUGGAAGCUUCCAUGAGGACCUGAAGACGACUCCUGGCCCUGCUGCCUACAAAGUUGUCGAUCCUUGUAUUUACAGCCAAAGAUCUCCCCAGUUCAGCAUGACAGGCCGCAACUUCCCACCUGGUGACACCACAAAGACGCCAGGGCCUGGUGCACACUAUCCUGAGCGAGUGACCCUCACAAGACCAAAAGCUCCAAGCUUCUCGUUUGGACUGCGUCACUCGGAAUACAUCUCACCCCUCAUUAUAGAUGUGCCUGAAUAAUGUCUCAUAUGCUCUUUUGUUUUAACUGGGAAUUCCCACUGCAUAAAGCACAACAAAGAGCACAAUAAAGCACAAAAAGCAAAC